GCUCACGCCCACUCUAACAAUAUUGAUUACUAACAAAAAGAAUUUUGCACUGACUUGUGGGUUCGCAGGUGCAAUUUCCCACCAGGAUGGAUAUGAUAAACAAAUUCUACUCGACAGCCGUGCAGACGGUGUCCACGCUGUCCGGUGUUCUGCCAGGAAACAACGUGACCCGCGAGUACGAAGUGCUGGACCAAGUAUGCACUGCCGGAGUUGGUCUGAUGUGGAAGGUGUACAAUGGCUAUAAGAAGAGCACCAAGCAGGAAGUUUCGGUUUUCGUCUUUGAGAAAAAAUCCCUGGAGCGGUGGUCCAAAGACGAUAGGGAGACAAUGCUGGAAACGCUUCGUCGGGGAGUGCAACAGCUGACCAAGAUUCGUCAUCCCCAUGUUCUCACUGUACAGCACCCGUUGGAGGAGAGCCGCGAUUCACUGGCCUUUGCCACAGAGCCGGUUUUUGCAUCACUGGCCAAUGUAGUCGGAGAUUCUGUGCGAUCUGACAAGAAGCUCUACGACGUGGAAAUACGUCACGGUCUGCUUCAGCUUUUUGAUGGCUUGCAGUUCCUUCACCAAGAUGCCAAGAUCGUACAUCGUAAUAUCAGCGCGGAGACGAUUGUGAUCAAUAAAAACCGCAGCUGGAAACUGUUCGGCUUCGACUUUUGCAUCGCCAACCAGCCAGCAACAGAUGGAACUCCCCACUGGCCGUUCCGAGAGUACACGACCUCACUGCAUGUCCUGGCACAACCUAGUCUUGAAUACACCGCACCGGAGGUGGCCUUGAAUAGCAUCAACACGCCGGACAGUGACCUAUUUUCAUUGGGUGUGCUGAUUUUUACGAUUUACUCCGGUAAACCAUUAAAAAUGUUUGGCAGCGAUUACAGUGGCUUUAGGCGCUAUGCCAAUGAACUGAACCAGCGCAAGUACCCGCCCAUGAACGCCGUGCCUGGUGAUUUAACCGAAAGCCUUAAAGCUCUUCUGCAUCCCAGUGCCAGCCUGCGCCCGAAGUUGCACGAGCUGAAGCAAAUCACCUACUUCCAGGACGUGGGAGUGAAGACCCUCAGCUAUCUAGAUUCUCUGUACCAGUGGGACAACCUGCAAAAGUCAAAGUUCUACAAGGGCCUGCCCCAAAUUAUUCCCACGUUGCCGCAUCGCGUCAAUCUACACUCGAUUCUGCCGUAUUUGGUUAAGGAGUUUGUCAACUCGCCAAUGAUUCCGUUUGUACUGCCCAAUGUUCUGCUCAUCGCUGAGAUGAGCAGCCAAAAGGAGUACUGUGAUCAUAUUCUACCCCAUCUUAAACCGAUCUUCAAGCUGACGGAUCCCAUUCAGAUACUGCUGAUCUUUAUGCAGAAAAUGGAUCUACUGUUGAAACUCACACCAGCGGAGGAGGUAAAGCAGAGUGUGCUGCCACUACUGUAUCGGUCUUUGGAAUGCGAUAUGCCACAGAUUCAGGACCUAUGCCUGGCUGUGCUCCCGACCUUUUCCACACUGAUAGACUACAAUGCUAUGAAGAACUCGGUGUUGCCUCGCAUUAAGAAAUUGUGCUUGCAGAGCAGCAAUGUGUCCGUAAAAGUGAACUGUCUUAUAUCCAUUGGCAAGCUGCUGGAAAACCUAGACAAGUGGCUGGUGCUGGACGAGAUUCUGCCUUUCCUGCAGCAAAUUCAGAGCCGCGAACCUGCUAUUAUUAUGGGAAUCAUAGGUAUCUACAAGAUUGCUAUGACCAACACAAAGCUGGGCAUAACGAAGGAUGUGAUGGCCCACAAAUGCAUUCCCUACCUAGUCCCCUUGAGUGUGGAAAAUGGUCUGACCAUAGCUCAAUUCAACACUAUUGUAGCCCUUAUAAAAGAAAUGCUGGGCCGUGUGGAGUUGGAGCAGCGUGAAAAACUGCAGCAACUAUCCACAAUUCAAAGAGACAAUAAACCCAAAGAUGCUUCCGAAAUAUUGGCUAACGAGCUCGAAACAAGUACACUAUCCUCUAGUGGUGCCACCAAUGGCAACAAGGGCAACGAUGACAUGUUCUCCGGGUUUUCUGUGGGCCAGCCAAAACCGACUAACACCACCCUUGCUCCUGUCAAAGCCAAAGAACAGCUCAAAAUAACGCACACAGCAGCCAAGCCCGACAUUCUCUCCUCCAUGAUGCAGAGCAACCUAACAGGCCUGGGGACGUCGACGGUACCAUCAGUUCCUCCUCCAUCUGCCACUCCUGUGCAAGUACAAACCAAUAACGGCUGGCACAGCGCCAAUCCGUUGGUGAUGAACCAUCAACUAGCAUCCCCUCAGUCCAGCAACAACAACUUUUCUUCGUUGGACGACCUGGAUCCCUUCGGUGGAGGAGGCAACAGUGGCGGAGCAGCGAAGCCAAGCAAUGUCAACGGUGCCAACAUGUAUACGGUUCAACAGCCAACUGUUAACUACAUCUACCCAACCAACUACAGUCUUAACAACAUCCAACAGCAGCAGCAACAGCAGAAACUGAGUAUGGGAAACCCAAGUCAAGCCCUCCCGCUAAUGCCCCAGACAAAACCUCUGCAGCCGGCGGAUAAUCAGAACCUCAACGCACUCUCCCAGCAAGACAUCCUUAACUUUUUGAACUAGACGCAGUCGUAGCCAAUAACCGAUAGAAAUGAAUAUUCCAUAUACAUAAAAUAUACAAGGCAACUAACUAAUAUACACUAGUGUGAGUCGAUUUGUAGAACCUGGAAUCGAGAUAAGUAAUGGGAGUAUAAGCACAAAUUUCCCAUAUUUUCGUUCCAACAUUUUUAAAUCACAAAUCGGCUCAAUUUAAUAUUCGCAUAUUCAUAUAUAAAAUUAUAUAUAAAUGUAUUUAUACAAGAGUGUGACUGUCCCGUUUAAGUGUGUGCGUGUUUGUUAGACAUGUUUUAAAUUAAAUUAUGUAGAUUUUAACAAGAAUCCCUCGUUGACACAUUCCGCAACCGAUAUCAAAUGUGAAACGAUACGAAUGCAUGUAGUUAAAUAGAAUAUGUAUUAUUGUUAGCUAGAGAGAAAGCCAACCAACCAUGUUCUGUGCAUUGUGCAAUUGCUCCUUACUUAAAUUUUACAAAAUAUAUCAAUCAAAGACA